AUGGUAACUUUUCCUAAACUACCUCUCAAUUGCUGGGGUGUGAGUUCCUUAAGCAGAAUAGCAAGUGCAAUUGGUGUGCCAUUAUUUGCUGAUGAAUGUACAACUAAGCAAACAAGAAUAUCUUAUGCUCGAAUGCUUAUAGAAGUGAAUGUUACUAAGCCAAUUCCCCACCAAAUCACUGUAAUGGAUCCAAAUGGGAAGACAUUUUCUCAAACAGUGGAGCUUGAAUGGAGACCUCAGUAUUGUGAUAAAUGUCAGAAGAUAGGUCAUCAAUGCCACAAUACUACCUUGCCUAAGGAUGAUCCUAUUAAAAGGAGAAGACCAGGGAAGAAAGUAACAGAGACUUGGCAGUAUAAAGGGGUGAUACAGCCACAAGGGCAUCAUGUUGAAGGUAAUGAAGAGCAGCAGCAGGGAAUUGUUAGGUCCAGUCAGCAUAAUGCAGAUGAGAGGUUUGGGCAACAAGUGAAAGGGACAAUCUCUCCUAGGAAUACUGCAGGAUGGGCUGCUACAGAGUUCAAUCUUACCAAUUUCCCUGUGAUGGCAACUAUAGCAACUAAGAAUGGGGGUGUAAAUAAGAGGUAUAAGCAGAAGGAGCUCAAGAAUUACCUGCAUAAUAAUAAAAUAAACCUGGCUGGGCUUAUUGAAACAAGAGUUAAGGAGCAUAACAUGAAAACCAUAGUUAAAGGGAUAGCACCUGAAUGGGGCAUACUGACCAACUAUAAUGCAGCUACAAAUGGGAGGAUAUGGUUGAUUUGGGAUGAGAAUUGUACAGAGAAGAUCUUUGGCAGGACUCAGGUGUUGAGUUCAUUAGCACAAGGCAUCACUUUACCUUGGCUCAUAGCUGGGGAUUUCAAUGCUUUACUAUCUCCUCAAGAUAGACAAGCUGGAAGCACAGUUUCUUUGAGUGAAGUUAAAGAGUUUGUGGAGUGUGUACAGAACAUAGGAGUUGCUGAAUUACCAUGGAGGGGAAGCUACUAUUCUUGGUCUAACAAGCAACAUGAAUCAGAUAGGAUAUCAAGCAGAAUUGCCAGGACAUUUGGCAAUUAUGAGUGGAUGCUAAUAUGGGGACAUGUUAUCACUGAUUAUGGGAAUCCUGGAAUAUCUGAUCAUUGCCCUAUGUUGAUUACAUUGCAGGAACCUCAGGCAAGCAGUAGGGUGAAUUUCAAGUUAUUUAAUGUAUGGGCAGAACAUGAAUCCUUCCUACCUAUGGUUGAAAGCACUUGGAGGAGGAAUUAUAGCAGGGACAGAAUGAAGAAUGUGUGGAUCAAGUUAAAGCAGUUACAACAUAAAUUAAAGGGGCUGAAUAAUUCUAAAUUCAAAUUUAUAAGUCAGAAAAUUGAUAAGGCUAGAGAGGAGUUGAAAGGUGUUCAAGAGCAGCCAACCAUUCAUGUUACAGAUGAGCUAAUUGAUCAAGAGAAAGAGAUCCUGAUGAAACUGGAAAAAUGGUCUAUGAUAGAAGAGAGUGCUUUAAAAAAAAAGUCAAGAACAAAAUGGAUUCAAUUGGGAGAUGCUAACAACAAAUAUUUCAGUGCUGUUAUAAAAGAGAGAACACAGAAGAAACAAAUAAGGAAUAUCACCUCUCUGGCAGAAGAGAGAUUGCAUGAUCCUACAGAUAUUCAGAAUGAGUUUGUCCAAUUCUACAAGGGCCUAACGGGUUCUUCAACACCUAACUUACCUGCCAUUGACAUUCAGAUUAUGAAGAGGGGGGCAGUGCUAUCUAGACAGCAAAGGAUUGACUUGUGUGCUGAUAUUUCAGAGGAGGAAAUAUAUAUAUAG